CUCCGCUGAACACACUACAAGCGGCAGAAGAACAGAUGUGUCACGUGACUUCCGCUUGAGGCCUCACGCUGUGUGUCUGUGAGAUUGUAAAUCGAUGAGCAAACUUUGGGUUUAAAGCUGCACUUCAGCGUCGUGAUGGCGUCUGGAUCACCGUGUGUGAACAGCAGAUGGGAUCGUCCUACAGCAGACAGCGGCUCUGUCUCUUCUCCCACAGAUGCGUCUGCAGCUCCGCGGGGGGGUGUGGAGAUGGCGGCGGCGAUGGCGGCCAAAAUAAACGCCAUGCUGAUGGCCAAAGGCAAACUGAAACCACUGCAGCCGCUGCCCAGUAAAGCGCCUCCAGCACUUCCUGUCUCCGCUGAUGAGCUCAUCGUGGCUGAAGUCGACAUAAACGACGUGCCGAUGGAGUGCAGGGAUCUGCUGACCAAAGGCAAAACUCAGGACGAGAUCGGGCAGCUGAGCGGCGCAGUGGUGUCCACUAAAGGCCUUUACAUGAGCGACACGGACAGCAGCGCAGGAGCGGCUAGACCGCUGUAUCUUCAUGUUCAGGGCCGCCGUCAGGAGCAAGUCAACAAGGCAGUGGCCAGGAUAAAGGAGAUCAUCUCUGAGGACGUCCUGCGCUCGUCGGGUGGACAGCAGCCCGCUGUGAUGCCCACUGUCCCGGUGUACCGUCAGACCGUCCCGUCUGCUGCCCGCGCUCCCGCCGUCCCUGGACACAAACCGGCCCCGCCGCACACCGGGAGUUUUGUGCACACUAAGAUAUUUGUAGGCCUGGAGCAGUCGCAGGCGUCCUGUAACGUGAGAGAGCGUGUGGAGGGACCGUCCGGCUCGUACCUGCAGCACAUUCAGUCAGAGACCGGCGCUCGUGUGUUCCUGCGAGGCCGAGGCUCCGGAUACAUCGAGCAGGCGUCCCGCCGCGAGUCCUUCGAGCCGCUCUAUCUGUACAUCAGCCACCCGAACGCUGCAGGACUGGACGCGGCCAAGAAGCUGUGCGAGAGUCUCCUGGACACGGUGCGGGCGGAUCACUCGAGGAUGGUGUCAUCGUAUCCCUCCACAGCUCCUGCUCCAGGUGUGUGUUCUUCUGCUCCAGGUGUGUGUUGUUCUGCUCCAGGUGUGUGUUGUUCUGCUCCAGGUGUGUGUUGUUCUGCUCCAGGUGUGUGUUGUUCUGCUCCAGGUGUGUGUUGUUCUGCUCCAGGUGUGUGUUGUUCUGCUCCAGGUGUGUGUUGUUCUGCUCCAGGUGUGUGUUGUUCUGCUCCAGGUGUGUGUUGUUCUGCUUUGAGCCGAUGCUUGUGUUCUGAACUGAUCACACACUGA